AUGGGCGACCCCACGCCCCGCGACCAGCUCUCGAAGCGGGCAAUCCCCUUCAUGACCCUUGCCAACGGCCUGGAAGGUCUUCCCGGCGCAAAAGCUCGCACAGCAUCCGUCUCUGACGACGCCAUCUCCCGCUUCGCCCUCCCCGGGACAGCAGUCGCCACAGGCGGCACCGGUGCCAUCGCCCUCUCCGUCGUGCGGGCAAUGCUCCAGCACGGGCUCACCGGCCUCAUGCUCCUCGACCUGGACGUCACAUCCGCAGACGCAGUCACGUCAAUCGCGUCCUUGCGCGAGUCCUUCCCCGACGCCAAGAUCGAGGCCCUGUCCGUCGAUGUCACGGACGAAGAGGGCGUCGGCAAGGCCAUGGAGCGCGCUGCCGAGGCGCUGGGCGGAGUCGAUUACCUGGUGUGCUUCGCCGGUGUCGUGGGCUGCGUGCACGCGCUGGAGAUGCCCGCCGCGCAGUUCCGCAAGAUUUUGGACAUCAACACGACGGGCGCAUUCAUCUGCGCGCAGGCCGCUGCGAGGAUCAUGGUCCGGCAGGGGCGCGGCGGAAGGAUCGUGUUCACGGCGAGUAUCUCGGCGCACCGGGUCAAUUUCCCGCAGCCGCAGUCGGCAUACAACACGAGCAAGGGGGCGUUGUUGAUGCUGAAGAGCAGUCUUGCGGCCGAGUGGGCCGGCUACGGGAUCAACGUGAACAGCAUCAGUCCGGGAUACAUGGACACCGUGCUGAACGAGGGCGAGGGACUGGCCGAGGCGAGAAGAAUGUGGGCAGAGAGGAACCCGGCCGGCAGGAUGGGCAUGCCGGAGGAGGUUGCUGGGGUUGUCGUGAUGCUUUGCUCAAAGGCAGGGAGCUAUUUCAACGGAAGUGAUCUGGUGGUUGACGGCGGAGGUGUUGUGUUCUAG